UGUUGCACGGUUCCUUCAGCGUUGCAGGUCAAUGUCAACUCUUCCUGGUGACUCAAAAUAGAAAAAAAGAGAAAAAAGUCCCACACCUUGACACCAGGCGCUUGUCCGUCGCCCUAAAUAGUGUUAUCGGUCGCGACUUCGAUUCUCGACGAAGAUGUAGCUCUGAGUCUCCAGCGACCCGUGUGAGAGGAGAGACGCGAGGACCUCGGCUCUGUCCAGGUGUUUAGGUUUGUGUCUUUUUAUGUUCUGCUGUUGACUCUGCAAGUGGAAAGGAGCGGGGGGAAAAAGUGUGGGAGAUUUUGCAGACUGGAAAAGGAAGAGAAAAGAGAAGCAAAGAGAGAGAGAGAAAAAAAGGAAUUUUGUCCAUGGGAGCAGCCGCAUCGUCAACGAUGUAGGGAGAUAUAUACCUGUCUGUCGCUUACGCUGUUAUAGACGAGCAGCCCGUUGGCUCCGCCCCCAAGAUGACGUCAUCCACCACCACGCGGCCGCCGGGGUUCGUCCAGUGCUACGUCUGCCAAAGGGAAUUCGGAUCCCGGUCCAUUGAGAUCCACGAACCUCAGUGUCUCGAAAAGUGGAGAGUCAGAAACGCCAGGUUGCCAAAGACGAGGCGGGAGCGCACGCCCUCGCCUCCCCCAGGCCACCCACUCCACGCAGAGGACGACCGAGCAGACAUGUCGCCCUCCCCGGCCGCCCUCACGCCCACGUCCGACCCCGACGAGCUCAGCACCUCCUGGUCCCACCCCGGAAAGCCGCCCGCGCAGCCUCAGAAUGGGCGGCCUCGCUCAGCCUCCUUCAGCGAGGGCAGGAGGAAAGUCCGCCCAUCCACGGCCACGCUGGAGAAGCCCAAGGUCCUCGACAUGAGCCUCCGACAUGAGGUAGACAUGAGCGAGAUGAGGCGCGACAUGCUGGACCAGGUGAUCCUCACGAAGGACACUCACGGAGGAUCCAGCGACUACUCUAGCGACUUCACUUCGUCGUCGCCUUCGUCAGUGGGCAGCAAGAGCCCCUUCGAUGACGAGGCCACGUCGGAGGGGUCGGAGGGGGAGGCCAGGAAGGUCCGGCCGUCCACCAUGCGGCUGCCCCGCCCCUCCCGCCACAUCGCCGUGCCGGUCAUCACGGCCCAGAACUCACGCCCCUCCAAGAAGACUUCCAAUCUCAGAAGCUUCCUGCCGAGGGGACGUCGAAGGCAGCUCGAAGACGUGUUCACGGGGCCGAAGGAUAAAGUAAAGAUCCCCGAACCGUGCCUGACGUGCGGGAAGGAGCAGAACCCGGAGCGGUUCCACAGCCACCCGCUCGACAUCAUGAAGUUCAAGCCGAAGACGGAGGAGCGCGCCAAGGCCAGGGCGCUGAGCAAGCUGAUCGUGACCAAGCCCACGGCACUCAAGUACAAAAGUCGAAGCGUCGACGUGGAGAACAAGGCUCCGGGCGGGCGGCGGAGCAAGCUGAAGCCGCCCUCGACGGCCACCAAGAAAUCCCGCAGCGUGGACAGCUCGCCCGUCCCCGCCAAGAAGGGCCAGAGCGCGAUCCCGCUCAAGAAGUUCAUCAGUGAACAAAAGGCUUCCAUGAACAAAGGCAAAGACUUCACCGUCGAAAUCUUCGACGCGCAAACUUCGCCGCGGAGCGAGGGCAGCUCCAGCCCGCCGGCGCCGCAGAGGAAGACGUCCAGACAGAACGGGGAGAGCAAGAAGGGGGCGCCACCUCACCCUCGACACAUGGGCAAGAUCGAGGAGGAGCGUGAGAGCCGACCCGAGGAGACCACGAAGACCCGGAGAGCCGAGAAUGGAAGCCGGGGGUCCGAGGGCGGGCCCCGCGGGGGGCAGAGGGCCACCGGGACGGCGCCCACCCGCGUCUGCUACAUCUGCGGGCGCGAGUUCGGGAGUCGGUCCUUGGCCAUCCACCAGCCGCAGUGCCUCGAGAAAUGGAGGCGGGAGAACGAGAAACUACCACGCAACCUUCAGCGUCCAGAACCGGAGCUUCCCGAACGCGAACUCACGCACGAGGAGUGGAACGAGUACGCGUGGAAGACGGCCCAGGCCCAGCUCGUGCCGUGUGAGUGGUGCGGCAGAACCUUCUUCCCCGAGCGCCUCGAGGUUCACCAGCGCGGAUGCAAACCACCUCCCGGAGCGGCGAAGAAGGCGCAGAGGUCCUCGAACCGCCCCGACACCUCCACCAACCUCAACGCGUCCCUCUCCGUGAGCAAACCCACCAUUGUCUGCUACAUUUGCGGUCGCGAGUUCGGCUCCAGCUCCAUCAAGAUCCACGAGCCGCAGUGUCUCAAGAAGUGGCGCAUACAGAACGAGAACUUGCCGGACGACCUUAAGAGACCCGAGCCCAAGAAACCGGAAGUGGUUUAUGAUGAAGAAGGCAAGGUUGACAAGGAGGCGAUGGCGGAGGCGGCGUGGAAGACGCACCUCGAGACCCUGGUUGCAUGCAAGUGCGGGCGGACCUUCUUCCCCGACCGUCUUAUCGUGCACCAGAAGGCGUGCCUGAAGGAGGCGUGAUAGAGGAGACGGCUUCGCUCGCUCCUCCUUCUCUUCCUUCGCCACUUCCCCGCCCUCAACCUUGUGAUAGAAACACGCUUCCCCCGGGGAAAGUUCGUCUUGAAUGCCUGCUAUCUGUUUUACACGUGUCCGCCCCUCUCGACAUCCAGGUUUCGAAGCUACCUAUCUACAACUUCCCGGGUUUCGGAGCUCCCUGUCUCGAAGUUCCCGGGUUUCGAAGCUCCCUGUCUCGAACUUCCCGGGUUUCGAGCUCCCUG